AUGACAUAUCAUGGAUCAUACGAUUUCAUAUUUGUGGACGCUGACAAAGAUAAUUACUUGAACUAUCACAAGAGAUUAAUCGAUUUGGUUAAGAUUGGUGGAGUAAUUGGGUAUGACAACGCCUUAUGGAACGGAUCAGUAGUGGCACCACCUGAUGCACCCCUAAGGAAAUACGUUAGGUAUUAUAGAGAUUUUGUAUUGGAACUCAACAAGGCCUUGGCUGCUGAUUCCAGAAUUGAAAUCUGUCAGCUUCCUGUUGGUGAUGGUAUCACUUUGUGUCGCCGCAUCAGUUAAAAUAUCAAGGCAUUAUUUUUUAAAUACCCCUAUUUCGAAUCUUUUCAUUAUUUUAUGCUUUAUUUUUUAAUUCUGUCUUUUCUGGUAAAAAGGAUUGUUGUCUAUGUACCUAUUGAUUAAUUUUACUAUGUAUUUUCGUAAAUAAGAACAAAAGUUCAAGUAAAUUAAGUUUCAAGGUCA